AUGUAUCCUGACGCUAGACAGGACGCUACCAAUGCGAACAAGGAAGAGUGCCGCGGCUUGCAGGAAGAGACGGCGGUGUAUCUCAAUGUAUAUGACAUGCUACCGGGUAGCGCAGUCACUGCGAUUGGUUACUGGAUGGGUUUUGGUGUAUUUCACACUGGUGUAGAAGUAUUAGGAGUCGAAUAUAACUUUGGAGGUCAUGAUUACGACGCUUCUGGAGUAUUUAGGAUGAAGCCACGACUUGGUCCACCAAAUGUUACAUACAAGGAGUCUAUAUUUAUGGGGUAUACUAAAUUUAAUAAAGAAGAUAUUGUGAGAAUGAUGGACGAAUUGUCUAAAGAAUGGAAAGGAAACAGUUAUAAUCUUCUUUUGAGUGAAGCAUGUCGCAUAUUAGUAGGCAAGCGUGCUCCCAGCUGGAUAAACCGUGCUGCAAAAUUAGGAACGCUAUUUCCAUGUGUGGUGCCCAGCGGAUGGAUUGAACCUCCAGAAUGUGGGGAAGAGACCGAGGCUAUAGGUAACGUGAAGUUCAUUGUCCUGCUUGUCGGUCAUAUGUACUGGCUGAUGUCAUUAACCAUCUUUGCUGCCAAUUUAGCAUCGUCAAUUUCUAUUGCUUAUACUCCAUAUCAUAUUUCCGAGACUCAAGUACUUAAUCCGAAUUGA